AUGAUCCACACUGGGGAAUGGCCCUACAAGUGUGGGCAAUGUGGGAAGGGCGUCAGCUGCAACUCCCAACUCAUCCAUCACCAGCGCAUCCACACUGGGGAGAGGCCCUAUGAGUGUCCUGAGUGUGGGAAGAGGUUUCAGAGGAGCUCCACUCUCCUUGUACACCAGCGGAUUCACACGGAUGAGAGGCCCUUCCGCUGCCCUGACUGUGGGGAGGGCUUCAAGCACAACUCCAACCUCAUCACCCACCGGCGCAUCCACACUGGGGAGAGGCCCUACGAGUGUGGGGAAUGUGGGAAGAGUUUCAGCCAGAGCUCCAGCCUGAUCUGCCACCAGAGGAUCCACACUGGGGAACGGCCCUAUGUGUGUGGGGAAUGUGGGAUGACCUUCCGCCAGAGGUCCCUGCUGACCAUUCACCAGAUGAUCCACACUGGGGAGAGGCCCUAUGAGUGCUCCGAGUGUGGGAAGAGCUUUCAGACCAGCUCAAAUCUCCUCGUGCACCAGCGGAUUCACACGGAUGAGAGGCCCUUCCGCUGCCCUGACUGCAGGAAGGGCUUCAAGCACAACUCCAACCUCAUCACCCACCGGCGCAUCCACACUGGGGAGAGGCCCUACGAGUGUCCCCAGUGUGGGAAGAGCUUCUCCAGGAGCUCUGCCUUGAUCAAACACCAACAGAGGCACCGGUAAGGGAAGCCCUGUGAGUGCCCCAAGUGCAGGAAGAGCUUCGUGCGCUUCCCUGGCUCCAUCCCCCAUCAGAGGACCCACGUUGGGCAGAGCUCUGAUGACCCACAUUCCCAGUGAUCUGUGUUGGGAACACACUGGGCUGGUGGCCAUUUUAUUUUGGUUCUAUCUUUUGAUUCAUUUUCAUCCCUUUAAAACAGACAAAACUGGGGUAAAAGUCUGCAAAUUCAUCAAAGGCAUCUAAAGCCUCACUUUCUACUGCUUUAAGGGAAUCUGGGAUUAAAAGAGAUACUUGGGAGGACUUGGGGAUUGUGGUGCUAUCUGUUGUAGUUUUCUUCAUUUCUUGUCACUCAAAGAGAUGAGAGGGUUCAAUCUGUCACCUCAAAAGCACUCAAUGCCACUGAAUUCUACUCAUUCCCACCCAGAAUUCCUGGAUUCUACAGCCCCUCAGGGUGUGUUGCCUUAAGUUUUAGCUUUCAUCUUUCAUAUUCUGCACUGCCUGGGUUUACAGUUUGGAACUUCCUAUUAAGUGUUAGUGAGCUCUCUUCACAGAGUAGGUAGACAAAACAAUUCCUUUUCUAGCUUGAUACCAAGGGCAGUCGUUAGAAGUUUCAGGCCCAGAAGCAUGAACAAGGGUGGACUGAAGAGAGAAAACAAGAAGGAUGGGACUUCAUCAUCUGAAGCUGUAAUUGGACAGUGAACAGAUUGCAAUAU